AUGAAGAGUGUGAUGAAGAAUUAUUUUGAAAAAGAUAUAAGUAGAGUUUGUUUGACGACAGACACUUGGAAUUCAUUGCAGAGGAUAUCUUAUAUGGUUUUAACAGCACAUUGGGUGGAGGAUGAGUGGAGGUUGCAAAAAAAGAUUAUAAAUUUUUGCCCAAUAUCUGCUCAUAGAUGUGAAAGCAUAGGUCAAGCCAUUGAAAAAUGUCUUCUAGAUUGGGGGAUUGAGAGGGUCUUCACUAUUACAGUUGAUAAUGCAUCCACCAAUAGUGUUGCCAUUAAAUAUUUGAGAAAGAAAUUGAAUCAUCGAAAUGCUUUUGUUGCAAAUGGAAAAUUUAUUCAUAUGAGAUGUGUUGCACACAUUCUUAAUCUCAUUGUGCAAUACGGUAUUAAGGAUGCUUCUGUGUCUGUGGAUCGAGUUAGAGGUGCUGUGAGGUAUAUAAGAGUAUCACCAUCGAGGUUGACAAAAUUCAACCAACGGGUAAAAGAAGAAAUGAUAGAUAGUAAGGCUCAAUUGUGUUUAGAUGUGCCUACUAGAUGGAACUCAACAUAUAUGAUGUUAAAGGUGGCUGAAAAAUAUGAGUGUGCAUUUGAAUCAUAUGUACGUGAUGGCCAUAAUUUUUUUCUUGACCUUACUGCUGGAGAUGGAGUUCCUACAUUUGAUGAUCGGGAAAUUGUUCGAAGAAUUAUAAAAGUAUUAGAGCCUUUUUAUCAUCUUACAUUUAAGGUGUCCGGAUCUUUGCAUGUUACCUCUCAUUCACAUUUUGAAGUAUUGACGGAUGCGCAUUGUCUUUUUGAUGGGUGGCAAGAUUGUGGAGAUCUAGACAUAAUUUCUAUGACUUCCAAAAUGAGAGAGAAAUAUAAUAAGUAUUGGGGUGAAGGAAACAAUAUCAACAUGCUAGUUUACUUGGCGGUCAUCUUUGAUCCACGAUGUAAAAUGAGUUUUUUGGACUUUGGGGUCAACUUGCUUUUUCCUAAUGUUGCUAAUGACAUUAUGAAAAUGAUUGAUAAAGAUUUGCAUUGCUUGUUCAAUGAAUGA